AUGUUUGUUCUGGGCGCCGCUUGGAUCGGCUUCGUUUUUGCGCGCGCUGCGGGUCCGAUGUCGAUCGAUGUCGACGCCCGAGAGGAUCCUUCGCCGCAGCACGUUCCAGUAGCGGACAAGCGCCGCGGGCCAAUCGGCGUCGAGCUCAGCCAUGCGAGCCAUCUUGUGGUCGACGUAGUCUUUGAUCCGCGCCCAGCCGACGAGCUGGGGCGCCUGUUGGAGGCAGACCUUCGAGAGCCAGUUCUGCUCGGCAGACGCGUAGCGAUGGGCGGGGUCGGGUCUGGCGAACACUACCUGCGUGGGGGUCCCUGGGGCCUCUGGGGAUGCGGCAGGAGGGUCGACGCAGCGCGGGAGGGCGACCGCACAGGCCCAGUCUGUGUACGCCCGCAAACAGUCCCCGCAGCCCGUGACAAAGGAGUACCGGCCGCUGGUGUCGUUGUUGCACGGGUAGGUGGAGACCACCGUGCGGAAGUUGGCCAGAUGGCCGCUGACGCUGCGGUUGUAUUGGGCCACCACCGCGCUCGUCGACAGGCUCGGGCUGGCCGGGACCGCGUAGGCGACCGAGGGACAGAAGGGCAGGCCGAGAUGUACGGCCACAGUCUCCCGGUGGGCACGUUGUUGACCACCGGGCCGGGCUGGAAGAGCCAGGCGGAGUAG